GAAAAUAAAUCACCAGUUAUUCUUUUUGAAAAUAGAACUAACAAAAGAAGAAUGACGAAGUUUCAUAGGUUAUAUGAUGUUAACUAAGUUUUUAAUCUCUAUCUAAAAACCCUAGAUCUACAGCCGCCGCCAACUGCUUCCGUUUUGCCUCUCCGCCGUCCUAGGUUUUCGCCGGCGGUGUGAGAGGGCUCUGCUUUCUUCUUUCUUGUCGUCUCGUCGUAGUAAUAGUAGUAGGUGACCCGUUUCUCUUCCUCUCCGGCGUGCUAAGGAGCAGUUCACUGAAGCGCCGUGCCGGUGUGGUGGAAGACGAGAUCUCGGCUCGCCUUUCAGUGACUGGUGGUUGUUCGUAGCUGCUAUGGGCGUCUUUCCUUGCAGUAUCGGGGAAUCGGAUCUGUGAUUUGGAUUGUGACCGUCCGCUUUUCUCCACCCUUUCGCCGGAGAAGCUAGCUGUUCGGAGGUUCUUGGUCGAGUCGGGUCUUAGCAUCUUCAGGUUGUCGAGGAGACUUCAAGGUGUGUCGGUGACCGAGAUUUGCGGAUGCCCACAAAGCCGACGGUCUCUUGAGAGUUUCCUCAACUUCCGGUGUCUUUCCGACCAAGUAGCGAGAUAACAAAGCAGCUGAGAUGUGGCCAAUCCGGAUACGCACUGUGAGCAAAACAUGGGAACUUCAAGCGAAGUCUCUAAGCUCCAUUUCUUGCUCUUCCCUUUCAUGGCUCAUGGCCACAUGAUACCAACUCUGGACAUGGCCAAGCUCUUCGCUACCAAAGGCGCUAAAUCCACUAUCCUCACUACACCUCUCAACUCCAAACUCUUCUUCGAGAAACCCAUCAAGUCAUUCAACCAAGAGAACCCGGGACUCGAAGAUAUUUCAAUCGAGAUCCUUAAUUUUCCUUGCACAGAGCUCGGUUUGCCUGAAGGAUGCGAGAACAGCGAUUUCAUCUUCUCCAGCCCUGACCUAGCCAAAGGUGACUUGAGUCAAAAGUUUUUACUUGCAAUGAAAUAUUUCGAAGAGCCACUAGAGAAGGUCCUCGAGACAACGAAACCAGACUGUCUAGUUGGAAACAUGUUCUUUCCUUGGGCCACUAAAGUCGCUGAGAAGUUUGGAGUGCCGAGACUUGUGUUCCACGGAACAGGCUGUUUCUCUAUAUGUGCUUCUCAUUGUAUAAGGCUUCACAAGCCUUAUGAGAAUGUAGCGUCGAGCUCUGAGCUCUUUGUGAUUCCUGAUCUUCCAGGAGAUGUUGUAAUUACAGAGGAACAGGUCAUAGAGAAAGAAGAAGAGUCCGUAAUGGGGAAGUUUAUGAAAGGAAUAAGAGAAUCAGAGAGAGAAAGCUUCGGUGUGUUGGUGAACAGCUUCUACGAGCUUGAACCGGAUUACUCCGAUUUCUUAAAGAGAUUUGUGGCCAAAAGAGCGUGGCUUAUCGGUCCUCUUUCUUUAGGCAAUAGAAAGUUCGAGGAGAAAGCAGGAAGAGGCAAAAAGGCGAGCAUUGAUGAGCAUGAAUGUUUGAAAUGGCUCGAUUCCAAGAAAUGUGAAUCCGUGGUUUACUUGUCCUUUGGGACCAUGUCAAGCUUCAACAACGAGCAGCUGAUAGAGAUUGCAGCGGGGUUGGAAAUGUCAGGACAUGAUUUUGUUUGGGUGGUUAACAAAAAUGGGAGCCAAGGUGAGAAGGAAGAGUGGUUACCAGAGGGAUUCGAAGAGAAGACGAAAGGAAAAGGAUUGAUCAUCCGUGGGUGGGCGCCACAAGUGCUGAUACUAGACCACCAAGCACUUGGUGGAUUUGUGACUCAUUGCGGAUGGAACUCACUUCUAGAAGGCGUAGCAGCGGGACUGCCAAUGGUGACAUGGCCAGUAGGAGCCGAGCAGUUCUACAACGAGAAAUUGGUGACACAAGUGUUGAAGACAGGAGUGAGUGUAGGAGUGAAGAAGUUGAUGCAAGUCGUUGGAGACUUCGUUAGCAGAGAGAAAGUGGAGAGAGCAGUAAAGGAAGUGAUGGUUGGAGAAGAGAGGAGGAAACGGGCAAAAGAGUUUGCGGAAAUGGCGAAAAACGCGGUGAAAGAAGGAGGAUCUUCAGAGAUUGAGUUGAAUAGAUUGAUGGAAGAGCUUAAGUUGGUUAAAUUGUAAAAAGGUAAGGAAAAAUAAAAUAAAAAGCUGAAUGUAUUGAAAGUUAAUUAAGGAACAAUGUUUUUGUAAUUCUGUUGGUUUGAGUUACAUAAAAAUUAGUACAAACUGAAAUUGUAGUUGUUCAUUCAAGUUUACGAAGUUGGUACCAUUGGUAAA